AUUAAGUUUAAAAUGAUAAAUAACGAUACAUUUAAUAACGCUAUACAUGUAGUAAUGUUUAGCAGUGAAUCACGUGAUGAAUGCUUUCCCAAAAACAAACGUUGAUUUGUUUUGAAAGCAUUUUUAGUGUUGUUUUCACUUUGAAUUCAAUUGUUUAUUAAUUAUUAAAUAAAUUGUUGUUUAUUUAAUGAGUUAUAAAAUGGAGGAAAACGACGAACACAUGAAUGAAGACAAUGAGGAGGAAUACGAAGAACCAGAAGAUCCCAAUGAGUCGGCCAUACGUUUGGGCAUAUCUCAGACACCAUUUGAAGAGUUAUUGAACUUGUCGGACAAAUUGGGAACAAAACGCUAUAACGAGACAAUUGUCAGCAAAAUUGAUACAAAUUUUGCCAAAAAUAAGUCCAAAAGAAAUGAUAACUCAUUUAAAAGAGUGAAUAAGAAUAGACCGCAAGAGAUAUCAUCGAAAAGACCUGUAAAUCAAGUGCGAGAAGUGUUUCAAAUCAAGAAAAACAAAGACAUCGAGAGAAGGGAUCCGCGCUUUGAAGAGGGAAGCGGUCGCUUCUCGGAGAGUGUCUUCAGUAAAACCUAUGGUUUUCUCAAUGAUAUCAGAGAUAAAGAGACGAAUGAAUUGAAGAAAAUGCUUAAAAAGACUGUCAAUGAGGAGAAGAAACAGGAAUUGAAAUAUUUAUUGCAGAGAAUUAAAAACCAAAAAACUUCGGAACAAAUGAAACAAAACCGAAAAGAAUUGGAAACUAAUGUCAGAAAUAAGUUGAGUGAAGAAACCGGUAGUAAAAACACAUUCGUUAAUAAAUCAACGCUAAAACGGUUAGAAUUAGUGGAGAAAUACAAACAAUUGAAGAAAUCGGGAAAAUUGAAGCAAUAUUUGGAGAAAAAGAGGAAACGAAACGCCACUCGAGAGCGCAAGAAAAGGGAUCCGCGCUUUGAAGAGGGAAGCGGUCGCUUCUCGGAGAGUGUCUUCAGUAAAACCUAUGGUUUUCUCAAUGAUAUCAGAGAUAAAGAGACGAAUGAAUUGAAGAAAAUGCUUAAAAAGACGGCCAAUGAGGAGAAGAAACAGGAAUUGAAAUAUUUAUUGCAGAGAAUUAAAAACCAAAAAACUUCGGAACAAAUGAAACAAAACCGAAAAGAAUUGGAAACUAAUGUCAGAAAUAAGUUGAAUGAAGAAACCGGUAGUAAAAACACAUUCGUUAACAAAUCAACGCUAAAACGGUUAGAAUUAGUGGAGAAAUACAAACAAUUGAAGAAAUCGGGAAAAUUGAGACAAUAUUUGGAGAAAAAGAGGAAACGAAACGCCACUCGAGAGCGCAAGAAGUUUAUCAACAAUUAAUUAGACAUUCAUUUAAAUGCAUUUUAUAUUGCAUUGAAUUGUUUAUUCAUUUUAUAUUUCAUAAUAAACUCUAUGAUAA